AUGGCUAAAAGUACACCAGAACCAUCAGUGGAUCUCGCAGCAAUUACUCUUACAUCGAAGAUCCCCGAAUUUUGGGUUGACUCGCCUCGCGUUUGGUUCUACCGAAUAGAAGCCAUGCUGGCGCCUCAAAAAUUAUCGGACGACUCGCGCUUCGACAUUGUCGUGUCGAAACUAUCAAAGGAGGCCAUCCAGCAGGUCACAGAUCUUUUAAUGGAUCCACCAGAAGGAAAGAAAUUCGACACACUGAAGGUACGACUUCUAACUAUUUAUGAAGAAUCGAAAAACCGUCAGCUACAAAAAUUAAUUAGUGAAAUGGACCUGGGGGACCAAAAACCUUCCCAGCUCUUACGUCGCAUGCGAGAAUUAGCCAAAGAGAAAAUUCCCGACGACACCUUAAAGAUGAUGUGGCAAGGUCAUCUACCGUCUCCGGUACGAGCAGUUCUAGCGGUCACAGAUUCGAAGGAUCUCGAUGGCUUGGCCGUCGUAGCAGAUAAUGUGUUUGAAACCACGCGCGCAUCCCAUGUAAGCGAAGUUAGCCAGCAACAGUCAAACCCUUCGAAGGAAACAGACCUCAUCAUGGCCGAAAUAGCUAAACUUACUCUGAAAAUUGAUCAAUUGGAAAGGUCGAAGUCUAGAUCGAGCGUACGGCGCGUAGCGUUCCGCCCGCGCCUCAAAGAGCCAUUAGACCACCACAGACGGGGCCCCAUAGGGCUGAUGUUCAGCCGGGGUUGCAGGGUAAGCGCAAUGAGGCACCGCGACCUCGGCAUAGAGCAGGAGAAGGAACAGGGGGAUUAUGAAGCCCUGCGGGGGGCUGAGCCUCGGCCAGGCGCUAUGUGGAGUGCGAGCGUGUUCUUCCUUACUCAGUUUGUUGUGUGUCAAUUUACUACAGAAAACCCAACAACACCAUCAACAGAAGAAUCACAGACGGUGACGACAUUCUACGCGCUGAGCACCGGCAUCGUACCAGCACCUGUGAUGCUCAGGCUUGGGAACUCAACAAUUGACAGCACAAAAGCUUUCAAGGUCCCACAGCCUUCCCAAGAUCCUUCUACAGAAAAACCCUUGAAAGUAGACAUGGUUCCACAUGUGGUGCUAAAGAAUACCUACUUUGACCAUGAUAGGAAAUAUGGGCCAAGUUUUGAGGAUGCUCCUGAUGGGAACAUUACUAAAAUCACUGUGCAGUUAGGAGAAGACGCGCAUUUGAAUUGCAGGAUUAGUUUGUUGCAGGACAAAACGGUAUCCUGGGUACGCCGCAGAGGCAAAGAUGAAAUGCCAGAACUGCUGACAGUAGGUGCAGUGACUUAUGCUGCUGACAAUCGAGUAACAGUUGCCAGAAGGUACCCUGGUAACUGGAGACUACUCAUCAGGGAGGUAAAGCCUGAUGACGAAGGAGUAUACGAGUGCCAGAUAUCUACUCAUCCGCCUAGAGUUAGCAGGACUUAUUUGCAUAUAAAUACCCCACAAGUGUGGGUAGUGGACGAAGCUGGAGCCCCACUACUGGAGAAGUAUUAUGAGGCUGAAUCAACCCUGGCGUUGCUGUGCAGAGCUAGACACGUGGAGACCCCUGCCUUACUGACGUGGCUGCAUGAGGGCAGGGCUUUAAAUGCUGAUACCACUCGAGGAGGAAUUAGCGUAAAGACAGAACAAGUGCCUGGCGGUGCUGACAGCCAGCUUCGGCUUGCCCGUGUGAACAGCAGCGACGCUGGGAAUUACACGUGCGCGGUCCGAGGCGCUCGCUCACACACAGUUUCUGUACAUGUUCUUAAUGCAGAAAGUCUAGCGGAACUGCACGCCGGAUCAAAAUCGCUGCAUCCAUCGUCAGUGACCACUGUUAUUUCACUCCUCACAGUGCUCUGGAAGACGUAUACUGAUGAACAAAGGCCUCCUUCUCCACGUCGCACGACAACUCUUCACCUGCGCUCAUUGGUGCCCCGCGACUUCGAAGAUGUCGUCGGUUGA